UGCAGAGAUACUGCUCCAUAGUUGAUUUCCAAGUUUACCAAUCAAAAGAAAUUCUCUCUUUCGAUCUCUGAUCAGUGAUGCGCAGCAUGAGAGCUCCUAGUGUUGCAAACAGGAUGUGCAAUUCUAGAGAAGACGAAAGCGAGCUAAGGAGAGGUCCUUGGACCCUUGAAGAAGACACUUUGCUCACUCAUUACAUUGCUCGUCAUGGUGAAGGCCGAUGGAACAUGUUAGCAAGCUAUGCUGGGCUGAAGAGAACUGGAAAGAGUUGCAGAUUGAGAUGGUUGAAUUAUCUAAAGCCUGAUAUUAAGCGUGGCAAUCUUACUCCACAAGAACAGCUCUUGAUUCUCGAGCUGCAUUCCAAGUGGGGUAACAGGUGGUCAAAAAUUGCACAGCAUCUGCCUGGAAGGACUGACAAUGAAAUCAAGAACUAUUGGAGAACAAGGGUGCAAAGGCAGGCACGUCAGCUUAAUAUUGAGUCUAACAGCAAGAGUUUCCUUGAUGCUGUUAGGUGUUUUUGGAUGCCAAGAUUGCUUCAAAAAGUGGAGCAAAAUUGCUAUUCUUCUCCUUCAUCAACUCUCGAUUCACAAACUCAUGCAAUUGCUUCUGCAUCAUCAUCAAAUUUCGAACAAGUUGCUAAUUCUUUUUCAUCAGAAACAUUUCCUCCACAACCCAAAUUGACACAAUACUCGAAUCCUGCAAGUGAACAUUCUUGUUCAGUCACUAGCUCUAGUGUUCUCUCCACAGAUUUCAUUCCAAUCUCACACCAGACUGAAAUUCUUGAAAACCCAGCAAGUUCUUGUCCACCUCUUCUCGAUAGUACAGUCUACAAUAACCUACUUCUGAGUGAUAUUUAUUACGUGGAGAACAGUGGGUAUGGCAUGGAUGCAUUCAAUCCUGCUUCUAUGCCUGAAUUUGACACUUUUGGUGAUUCAACAUCAGAAUGCAACAUGGCAGAUGGCAAUUGGGUGUUCGACGAUUACAUGGCAGAUCCUCUAUGGAACAUGAAUGACAUGUGGCAAGUUUAGACUUUAUAGAAAGAUAUAAUAUAUAUAUAUAUAUAUAUAUAUAUGAUGUAUGUAGCAUAUCUAUAGAUUGUAAGGUGGAUCUGAUGAUUAGGGUCCAUCAACACAUACAUCAUCUUCACUCAGACAUCAACACAAAUCUAUAGAUGAUUGGGUAAUUUGCAAUUAUAAGUAAUGUAAGAGUGAGUUGUUGCAUUUUGUUUUUCAUCUAGAGAAAAUAGUUAGAAAUUAUCAAUGCGGUGUCGUUUAUGUUGAUUAGUACCUUCUCUUUAAUAUCUAACAAAAGAAAUAAUGAAAAUAAAGAC